AUGUCCCUAAAGGUCCAGACCAGCAACAUCACCAAUAAAAACGAUCCAAAAUCCCUUAACUCUCGCGUCUUCAUCGGAAACCUGAACACAGCAGUGGUGAAGAAGAGCGACGUGGAGACCAUCUUCUCCAAGUACGGCCGUGUGCUGGGCUGCUCGGUACACAAAGGCUACGCCUUCGUCCAGUACGCCAAUGAGAGACAUGCUCGCGGUGCUGUAAUUGGCGAGAACGGGCGGGUGUUGGCUGGACAGACUCUAGACAUCAACAUGGCAGGAGAACCCAAACCAAACAGGCCUAAAGGCGUAAAGAGAUCAGCUGCCAGUUUGUACAGUGGCUAUGACUUUGAAUAUGAGUAUUACAGAGAUGAAUUCUACGACAGGCUGUUUGAGUAUCGGGGCAGAGUGUCGCCGGUGCCCAAAGUGGUGCCAGUAAAGCGCCCUCGUGUGGCCAUGCCUGUGGUGCGCAGAGUGAAGUCGUUACCAGUCAAGCUGCUGUCCCGAUCUACAGUUCUGCCCAGCGGCUCCAUCAAGCACAAGUUGAAAUCCAAUGAGCUACAGACUAUCAAAUCAGAGCUCACUCAGAUCAAGUCCAACAUUGACGCGUUGCUAGGACGACUUGAAGAGAUCACAGAUGACAAGUACUGUGCAUCAGAGCUUCGGAAGACAGAGGAGAGCAAGAGCGAGGUCUCUCAGGACGAAUCUGGCUCCGAGACAGAGGAACUGGCCGAGGAGGCUCAGAACAGCGAUGUGGAGGAGGGAGAGGACGGGACACAGGAGGAGUGUGACGAUGACAUGCAAAAUAAUCAUCUUUCAGAACUGGAUCCUUUCCUUCAAUAA